AUGUCUGAACAAAGAUACACAACAUCUGUAGUUUCACGUCUGGAGCUAUCACUCAAAAUGGCGACCGUUUGUUUGUCGCAAGAUAUUCUUCGAAAUUGGGAAAAAACCGGCAGAACCGAAUAUGUUAAAGUCUGCCGAUCUUUAAGUGACCAUGAUUCCUCGGUGAAACUGCUGCCCAGGAGAAACCUGAAGAGAGCUAUCUAUGAAAUUUGCUACGCCGUCAAUCACAACCAGCUGAAGAUUGAGCAGGCUGUCUCCUUGUUCACAGAUCUCAAGGAUUACAUACCUUCGCUGCCGUCUACACUUGCAGAUGUUCUAGGCAUCGUAGAUGUGGAGACAAGCAGUUCAGACGAGGCUAUGAGGGAGAAAUUUCUCUCAUUUGUUGGAGCUUUAAAGCAUGUGGUUGUCCCUGAGUGGCUGCUGAAGGAGCGACUGGACCAGGACUCCUUGGAGCUUGCAGGCCUGGUGGCUUCCCAGAUUGGUUUUAACCAGAAAUAUGUAAAGACCAAGACUCGUUUAUACUACAAGCAGCAGAAGUUCAACUUGUUACGUGAGGAGAGUGAGGGAUACUCUAAACUCAUCACAGAGCUGAAUUCAGACCUCAUUAAGAAAAUUACCUGGCAGCAGGUGUUGCAGAAUAUCAAGUCAUUGAUAGGUUGUUUUGAUUUGGAUCCCAACCGUGUGUUGGACAUCAUACUUGAAGCAUUUGAGUGCCAUCCAGAAGACCAUUCAUUUUAUAUUCCUCUUCUACGUGCCUACAUCAUCGACAAAUUGACACUGUGUCACAUCCUGGGCUUCAAAUUUCACAUCAGGGAGUCUGCAGUGUGGAGCACGCCCAAGUCCCUGUUCACUUGUGCCGCCCUGCUGCUGAAGCAUGAUCUGCUGGACCUGGAUGACCUGUAUCCAUAUCUGCUGCCCUUGGACUCGGAAAUCAUCCCAUUUAGCAACAAAGAAAUGACUGAUGCCAAAGCCUAUGCCAGAAGACUCAACACUGUGGUGCUGUCUGACAAGAAGGAAGAUGACAAGAAAGAUGACGAGCAGCAGAUUGUUGAUGUGAGAGAAAAUAACCAGAAGUUAGGCCUGUGUGAGGCUCUGCUGGAAAUUGGAGCAUGGGAGAAAGCCAAAGCCAUCUUUGACAGAUUACCAGAGAACUUUGCCAUUGUUCACCCUUGCAUAUCUCAAGCUUUGUGUUUGCUUGUACACAGAGUCAUUGAACCAGUGUAUGAAAGGAAUACCGGCUUGAACCCGCUGCUGGCAAAGAAAAGAGUCAAGUAUGAGCACAAGGGGGACUUUGCUCAAGCCCAGACAUUCCAGCAGCUGUAUCACCUGGCCAUGCCCAUGUUGUCCUACUUAGGCCCCUAUGCCUCUCGGGAUCCCGUGCUGAUGGUCAAGAUGAUCAGAUUAGCCAAGACCCUUAUGUCCAAGCGUCACUCCGGUGAUCUGGACCCUGAUGACAGGAUUGCCUACUAUGGCUUCCUGAAUGUUCUGGAAGAAGUCCUGUUGCCGUCACUCUCCCUGCUUCCAAGCAAUUGCUCACUGGCUGAGGAGUUGUGGAGUCUCCUCAAGAUGUACCCAUAUGAGAUUAGGUAUCGAUUAUACGGAACAUGGAAGAAUGAGAUGUACUUCAGUUAUCCCAUUCUUAUACGGGCCAGAGCUGACUGCCUGGAGAGAGCCAAGUACAUCAUGAAGCGUCUUUCGAAAGAAACUGUAAAACCUUCUGGAAGGCAACUUGGCAAGCUGAGUCACAACAAUCCUGGCAUUGUCUUUGAAUAUGUGUUGAACCAGAUUCAGAGAUACGACAACCUGAUUGGACCAGUUGUAGAUGCACUCAAAUAUCUGACCUCAGUAUCAUAUGACAUGUUGACAUUCUGUAUCAUUGAAGCCAUUGCUAACCCAGAGAAGGACAGAAUGAAAACAGAUAACAUGAACAUCUCCUUGUGGCUGCAGAGUCUGGCCAGUUUUGCAGGUUCUAUCUGUCGCAAAUACCAGGUUGAACUCACAGGAGUAUUACAGUACGUGGCCAAUCAGCUGAAAGCAGGCAAGAGUAUCGAUCUGCUGCUGUUGAGGGAGGUGGUUCAGAAGAUGGCAGGUAUAGAGAUCUCCGAGGAGGUUACUGAUGACCAGCUGGAGGCCAUGGCCGGAGGGGAGCUGGUUAGACAAGAGGGCAGCAAUUUUUCACAAGUGCGAAACACAAAGAAGUCUUCAACUCGUUUGAAAGAUAGCCUGCUGGAGCAUGACCUGGCUCUGUCCUUGUGCCUGCUGAUGUCCCAGCAACGAGACAGCACCGUAUUUGCAGAAGAUGCCAACAAACACCUGAAACUGGUCGGCAAGCUCUAUGAUCAGUGUCAGGAUACGCUGGUUCAGUUUGGUAGUUUCCUCUCCAUGCAGCUGAGUACAGAAGAGUUUGUCAAGCGGUUGCCUCCGGUGGAUGUUCUACUGACAACUUACCAUAUACCCCAUUCUGCUGCAUUCUUUCUCUCUAGACCCCUGUAUGCACAUACGAUCAAU